AAAUGGUGAGAAGUAUUAACGAUCAUUAUGCCAGGCUAGUAAAUGGAAGCACAGAUAUCCAGCGUUAGUUUCGACAACACUGCUUCCUUUAAAGUUGCAGUGAAAAAGACUAAGCAUAUGUUUUUAUUAGAUUGAUUACACUAGCUAUUCUCUCGAAACAUAGCAUGCUGAGGACAUCUGCUGGUUAAAGCCGUGUAAAUGCAACAAGAACAGCACAAACAUGUUGAACACACUUUGAAGACGCAGUGUGUGAGCUUAGAAUAAACAGACCUAACACCUGUAGGCUAAAGUUGACUCCUUUUUUAGCUGCCACAACAUUUUGAAAAGCAUGUGUGUACCUGAGUUAUCUGGUGACAUCAUAAAGAGUUAAAGUGAAACUAUUUUAUAUACGGAAGAGAAGAAAAAACAACGAGCACUGCAAGUGCAGAAGAACGUGUAGUGAAAGCAUCUUUGAGCAGCUAAACUGUGAUCAUGGCAUCACUUCAGGGCUCCUCUGUACAGUCAGAGCUCAGAAUUGUGAUUAUAGGAAAUGCUGGAGAUGAAAAGAAUAAAGUGGUAAAAUCAGUGCUGAACUGUGAGAAUCCGACAGGAGAGAAAGUUGGUCUCUGUACGUUACAUCAGUGUGAACAUGAAGGAAGGAGGAUCAGUGUUGUUGAAGCACCAGGAUGGGACAGAACCUCACAACAAACAGCAGAGAACAUAAAAGAAGAAGUUCAGAGAAGCGUGUCACUUUGUCCUCCAGGACCUCACGCUCUUCUUCUGGUCAUUCCUGUGAGGAUCUCUGAAGAACCUUCUCCCAGUGACAUUACAGCAGCACAGAUGCACAUGGAGUUGCUGUCGGAGCGCGUCUGGAAACACACUAUCCUGCUGUUUGCUUGUGAUGAAGGUGUGAGAGAUUUUAACAUCCAAGGUUAUUUUCAGAAAGCAAAAAAAAUCCUGGACAAGUGUGAAGGCAAAGCCUACAUUCUUGAUAGCCGCAGUAAGAUCAGUGAGCUUUUUACAAAGAUAGAAGACCUGGUGGAGGAGAACUGUGGUGAUGUUUUCCUACCGCAAGUUUACUAUGAACUGAUUCAGCGGAAGACAGAAAGUCUCCAGUGCAGACGAGGAAGUUUACAGCUGAAUCCUCCGAGCAUGAACAGAAACACACUUUACUCUAUGGCCCUUUUUUUCAUAAUCAUCACGUGUGUGAUGAUGACGUCUACAUUCAGAAAGUCUUUCAGUGCAGUUACAGGAAUUAAUCUUAAUUUGUACGUGGAUUUAACUGUAGUUGAGAAAGUUUGCGCUGCACUAAUUUUAAUCAUUCUAGUAGUUUUCCUGUGUUUUUCUCUGCAUUCAAAGUAUUACAAAAUUAAGAAAAAUGACAUGCAACUCAAAACCAAAAAGCAUAACACUUCAUAAACACUUCAGUUGAAUUUCAGCAACGUAAACCUUUGAAUUAAAUAUACUUCAGUGUUGUGAUGUAUUUCCAAGUGAAACGAAAUAUUGAACAGUUUUAUUUUAGCGCACCUCCUCCUCAUCCCUCGCUCAUUGCAGUUCUAUAUUUAACGAUGUUCGAUUUGUGGUUACAGCCUGUAUGGUCCAGGUCAAAUUGACCAUAAUUCAAUGCAAUUCCCCAAAAAUCACACUUUGAAAACAAACAAACAAACAAAAAGAAACAAUCUGGUACAAAUAAUUCACUUCUAAUAUCAACACUUUUCACACAUUAUAAAGAAUAAAUACAUUCUAUUCUAGUCUAGUAUAUUCUAGUCCUGUGGGACACUUGCCAUUAUACAUUUAUAACAAUAAUAUCUUAGUCUAAACCUAAAAUAAUCAUGAGCUUUCAGACUCUAGUUUUCAUAUUUGGUGACUGACUUUCAAAAGAAAUGACAGAUCAGUCAAGAAAUAGCGAUUAGAUUCUUCUUUUGUGAUGUGGUGCCAAACUAUAACACACGAUUCUUUCCGUGU